AUGGUUAAAGGUUCAAAGUUCUAUCUCUUCAUUGAUCUAAGUCAUUUCGUUUGUAAAAGAUCAUUGGUGUUAUUUGAACGAUUUGGAUUGUCUACUGAGUUUCUUGAUGUCGACAUCACUUUAUGGGCUAGUCACAGAAGCUUUCAAGAAAAUAUUCAAUUUUUUAGUUCAUUAAAAGUAGUGAAUGACGUUGCUGAGAGGAAUGUUGCAUUAAUUACUAAAUAUAAUCAGCAUUUAACUAACAGUGAAGAACAAUUUCAAGGUUUGCUACAAACGUUCGAUGUUUGA